AUGAAGCGUGAUGCGGCAAGGAUGUCCUUGGAUGAGAUACUCAAAAAGGUCGAAGAAGCUGAGAUACAGUUAUUGUAUCGAAGAAAAGAAGAAAUUCAGAGAUCUCUGCCUAAUAGAUGGAUUUCUACGACUUCUGAUUGCGAUAAAGAUGAAGGAAUUCCGCAUGACUUAACAACAUCGUUAACUCCGCAGCGGGUGCGACUGAAAACACCAGAGAGAACAGUUGUUGUUGCUAAACUUGACGCACCUUCUUUUCCAUCAACAAAUUUUUCUGGUCAAGAGACUCAGAUAGCUGAAUCUUCUGUUUUUCCAACUAAUAACGAUAGAAAUCGACCAACUUUUUCUCAAAACCGGCAAACCAAUUUUUAUGAACGAAAUAAUAAUAACAGCGGAGGUCGGAAUAGUAACAAUAACAGUUCUCGUUUGCCCUUUUCUUCGAAUAAUUCUCCCAAUUUUAAUCGUUCAAAUCCAUCAGCGGCAAAUCGUAAUAGAGAACCGCCGGGACCGUGUCCAAUUUGUCGUAAAAAUGGACAUUGGAGAAAUUGCAGAGUUCCUUGCACUAUUUACAGAAAAACUGGACACAGUGCAAAUUAUUGUUUUCAACAAAGAGGCAACUCUCAGCGUAGUGCAUCUGCCGCAUCUACUUUUUCCGGUGGUGAUUCACAAAAUCGACAGAAUUCUAAUCAUUUAAACUGA